AUUUUGAUGCUCACAUCGAAAAAGAAAUCGGUAAGUUGAAUUGUCAUGUGGGGUUGAGCAGGUAAUGGAAUUCACGCCAGCGUAUGAGACGAUUGUUAUUUGUUCCUCUACGUUACAGAAGGGAGAGUUAGCCUUAAGAUUGGCGUGUCCUCUCGUUGGAUGAUCUGGAAUGAUGUGUGUGCGAUGUAGGCCGGAGAGCGAAUGUGUCGAUUUCCGGGACAGUGCGACCUUUUAAAGAAAGGUGUAGGAGAGGGGAUGCCUCGGGAUCUCUGGUCUGGGAUUGGCUCGGCACUGUACUCGGGGAAGCUCGGUUUAUGAAUAGGACAAUUCUGAGGUAUUCCCCAGUUUUUAAUGAUAGAUUUCUGGGUUAUUUCCCAGAUUUUAAUGAUGGGGAUGGCGCCGGUCAGGUAGGUGAUUAGCCGCCGAGGGUCUGGUUCAGGACUAGACGCGUUUGGGGAAUUCCCCUUCGAGAUGACAGGGUGCACUGGAGACACAGUCAAUUACGUUUAUUGCCUAAUGAAACCGUUAUAAUGAAGAAUAUUUGCCUGUCGGGGGAGGUAAAGUCGUAUUUUGCAGGCUGUACGGUGGAUGAUAUAUCCUUUCAUUAAAAAUUGUGUCGUUAUCUUUUUCUCAAAUCAGUGUUUAUCAAUGAUAAAUCCAAAGUGAAAGGACAUACCAACGUAUUGGGAUCUCCGGCAGGGGACUACGCGCUCUAGCGGUUGAAACCGUGUACUAGUAAGAGAGAGUUGAUGUCUGUCAUUUGACUGGGCGAGCAAGUAGUUCAAAUUAUUCCACCACAACUAUCAUUUAUUUAAACGUGAAUUUUUAUUAUCGUGAUAUUUUUGCAUAACUCAUUAAAUUUUCUUGAUUGAACAUUAUAUUGUAUUAAUAAUGGAGUUUCCUGAAAAACCCAAUAAAAGUAAAACCUUUUGUUGCGUGUAUGGAUGUCACAGCAAAGCCUGUCGUGAUCCAAAAAUCCGAUUUUACACUUUUCCUCGUGAAAAAGUUGACUUUGUGAAAAUCAUAAAUAAAUUUGAUGAAGAGGAAAUGAUUGACAGACGUCAGGCUUGGAUCAAAGUGUUAAGAAUAGGGAAGAAAGUGUCGAAAUACAUGAAAGUUUGUUCUCUACAUUUCAUUGAAGAUGACUUCAUAUUACCAUUCAGAGCUAAACAGCAUAACACAAUACUGCUUCGCCUGAAAAAAACAAGUGUUCCCUCACUCAAUUUGCCUCCUCAACCUACCACAACAUCUCAAAAUACUGCCAAUGCACCGGAUAACAGAAUUCAUAGUUUUGAAUUACUGAAUACUAUUGAAGAAUUGGUGAAAACGAUAGAUGGAGCAUCAUGUGCAAGUACCACAUUACCUCUCAGAGAAACCAUAAUCAUGACUUUUAUGAAAUUCAAAGAGAACUCGUCGUAUACUAUGUUGGCACUCCUUUUUCGUUGUUCUAUUGACACUUGCAAGCAGAGGAUUGUAAAAAUGAUCGAUCUACUGGAUAGGUGUUUAAAACCGAGCAUCGUUUGGCCAAGUAAAGAAAAUAUCUUGCAAAAUUUACCAUUGUCUUUCAAAGGUUUAGAAAACGUUCGAGUAGUAGUAGAUUGCACGGAAAUAAAAAUACAAAAGCCAUCUAAAUUGUGUUGCCAAAUACAGAGUUAUUCCUAUUAUAAAACUUCUUAUACAAUCAAAUUCAUGACUGGUGUGACACCAGCUGGAUUAAUCUCUUUUGUAAGUAAAGCUUACGGUGGACGUGUUUCUGAUAAUAUGAUUUUGCAACAAAGUGUAAUUUUGAAGAAAAUGGACAAGAAUGAUAUUGUAAUGGCUGACAAGGGCUUCACUGUCGAAGAUCUGUGCAGGAAAAACGAUGUGACACUUCUCACGCCUUUUUUUCUUAGAAACAAGGAGCAGUUUACAAAAACCGAAGCACUCACUAAUCGUAGGAUUGCUAAGGCACGAGUCCAUGUGGAGCGAGUCAAUCAGAGGUUGAAGACUUUCGCUGUACUGGGGAACACCAUGCCAAUUUGCCUACUAAGCAAAGUUGAAGAAAUUUUCAAUAUUAUCGGUGGGAUUGUGAACUUGAGCUUGCCUAUUCUUAAGAACGAUAAGUUUUGUACGUAGAAAGAUAGUUAAUAAAUUGACCUAUUUCAACUUAUCAUAAUUUAUUGCAAAUGAUUUUUUUGGUAAAGAAUUACUGUAUCAACAGGUAGGUUUAC